AUGUUACGCAUCACCACCAUCAGCGGGGGUGACAAACAAUUUCAAAUCCUCUCCCAAAGGAUCCCCUCAUACCCGUCACGAAUUUCGGCGCAACGUGCGCAUGUGCCAAGUGUGAGUAAUGUCUUUACACUCGCCAUCGCUCGGGCCGUCCCCCUCCCCAUCGCCCUCCUCGUCCGCGGUUCGGAUACCCAUUCCGGGCAAGUCGAUUCUCAAGAAACCGCCACCCGCGCAGUCGUCAUCUCUAUUCUCGCGGCUCAGCAUCAGCCGAUUCCUUCCUGGAGAGAGCGGGGCGGAGCUGGGUCUGGGGGCGCUGGGGGCGCCGGCGGCGGAAAAGAAGACUCGACGAGAGUGCUCAGACGGGCCCAUUUCAUCCUCCCUGAAAUUGCGGUCGUAUACCCGAUAUCAAGCAUCGCACCGCCUUCGACUCCGGCAUUGAGGGAUGAGAAGCGCGCUAUAGAGGAACGGGAACGAGAGCGGAGGCGGCGAGUCGUGCGCUCGAAUAGUCUGACGUCAAGCGUCACCUCAGAUUCGGCCAGUACAGUCACUGUCUCUACGUCAGGCAGCGGGACAGAAGAGGAGUGGUGGCCUUUGGAGAAGGUCGAGAGCUUUUACCGGGAGUGCUGCGAAGGUUGUCAAGAGACACCGGACCCCGGCAUCACCGCCGCUUUGAAGAGCGCCUCCCCUGCCCAUCCACGCACUGUCGACUUGUCCGGUGCCCAGCUAACGUUCACGAGUGCCUCCAUAUUGUCCGAAGUGCUCAAAAUCGAAUGGGGACUGCGCAAGCUUGUCUUCCGAGAGUGCGAUCUUGACGAUCUGGUAUGUCGUUUGGAUUCCAGUCUCGUCCAAAUAUCUGUCCAAUGCCCCUGUGCUGUUCUCACGCCCCGCACUGCGCCUCCGAAGAACAACACCGUGCUGAUGCUUCACACAGACUCUCAAACCGAUUUUGCACGCUUUGCUCAUUCCACGCUCCCUUGCCUAUCUCAGUCUGGCCAGCAACAGGCGUCUCAAAACAACGCGUGGAAACUUCUCGGGGCUUACGUUGCGAAGGCUCACACCCUGACAUUCCUCGACCUCUCUCAGAACCCUCUGGACAAGAAAGCUGUCGAGUGUCUCGCCGUUGCGCUGCCGGAAUAUGUCGCCCAUCCUACGCUAUCAACGAGCACCUCUAGAACGCCAUCGAUUCUUUCGCUCAAUGACGAAGAGCCUCGAAGGGAAAGUAGUUACUUCUAUCAAAUUGCUGAGGAACCGCGCUAUGGGCUUGGCUAUGGCUUGGACGAUUCCAAGUUACGAGAGAUGGAGAAAGAUCGUGAACAGCGAAAGAGUCGAGCCGUUCGCACGUCCAAUCUGCGGAACAUAUCACUCCGGCACAACAAGAUCUCGCCUGCCGGUGGAGUGGCUCUGGCUUUGAUGAUCAGAGACUACCCGGAUGUGCUCUCGUCGAAUGCGUCCCCCACGAUAUCGCAUCUGCAGCAUGAAAACGGCACGGGCAGCAACAGCAGCAGUGCCGCAUCCUCUCCGACAUCCACGCACCCACCUCUCCCUACCUCGCCCACCAUGGCCGGGAAGCUCCCGCCGCCGCGACACCCGGCGCAGACGAUCACCGCAGCCCAGACGACCUAUACGCCCUAUGUGCCAAGGCGAAGGCAGACCGCUGACUCCGGACUUGGCUUGGGUGCACAGGCUGAACGGGAACGGGAGCUCAAAGAGCAGCAGAGAGACGGACCGAGUGCUGCUCUGCUUGACAAAGUACGGGCCCUGGACGCGCUGCCUCGAGUGGGAGCUUUGCGGACGUUGGAUCUGAGGGGCAAUGAUUUGAGGACAGGGAUAACAUAUCUCGCCCAAGUUCUCAAGCGGAACAGGACUCUGAAAGUUCUGAAUCUUGCCGAAAACAAACUUGACGUGGCGUGCCUGGUUAGUUUGGCAGAGGCGCUGAAAUAUAAUUCGAGUAGAGACACUAGAUCUGUCCAAGAACCCCUGUUCUGGACCCGGACUAGAAGGGAUCCAAUCUUUGCGCACAGCAUUCACCCUGAACACGGCCCUGAAAAGGCUAUUUUGAGCUCGACGGGGCUGACAUCGCCAGGUGCAAUUGCACUUGCCGAGUUUCUGCCGGAGAGUGCAUCUCUGCUGCAUCUUGAUCUGACCGAGAAUGCGCUUGACAUCGCCGGGGUGCUCGCGCUGUCGAAAGGCUUGGAGGCCAACUUUGUCAUGCGCUGUCUGGAUCUGAAUAUCCCCCCUGGUGAUGAAGCAUGUGCUCGGAUGUGCCGGGACAUCCUCAAUGUUUGUGUCCGCAACACGGAGGAUGCGGAGAAACGGGCUGCUGCCACCCGUGAAGCGGAAGGCUUGUCGACACCGACCUCUGCAAACCCAGAUGGUAGAGGUUAUGGGAAAGGUGUGUGGGGCCUCAUAGAGGAGAGUGCUCUCGCCAAAGGGAUUAGGGAGGGGAGGAGAGGAAGGUGCCUUGGAUUGAAAUCGACCAAUGGCGAGCCGCUGCCGACAGCGAAUGGCGUUGCCCCGACAGCGGAUGAACCGCCGUCGACACCUCGGAUCGACAAAGGAAAGGCGCGCGCUGUUCCGGAGCCGGAAGAACCGGAGAAGGUUCUCAGCCCGACUAAGCUGCUUAUGGGUCAAGGCGACGAAGAUGUUGACAGCGAAGGUCCGUUGCAUGUGGAGGAAUCCGAGCCAGGUUCGCCGACGACCAGCCGAUCGAAGAGCUGGGUCGAGGAGGAGGGCGAGGUUUUCCGCAAAGGAACUAUUUUGCUUGGACCGGAGGAGAUGGACGGGGAAUACGCCGGGGAGGAUCUCAAGAAGGAGCUCUUGGAAGCUAUGGUCGAGCGACCUCCCCCACGACCGUUGACAGAUGAAUACGGGAUGGAGAUUGCAGCCCCGGAGAGCCCUCCUCCCCCGGAGCCGGUCUCGCCUGUCGUCGAGAAAUCGGUCCCGCGACCUUACGUCACUCGGCGGUCGUCGAGUGCCUCGCUGAUGAGCCUGAUAUCGCCGACAUCAUCGUCGUUUGCACCAUUGCCAGGUGCCGGCCAGAUCCCAGAGCAGCCAGGGAGCCCUGUCGUGCCCGGCUCGCCGCGCCCGUAUCUUUCUCGAAGGACAUCUUCGUCUGCGCUUGACAGCCGAUGAGCGCAGGGACGGAUUUCUAUUACUACUCACCGGAAUUAUAGUUUCUUCGUCGUCGUGCAUUAUACGUACAUAGUUGUACCUACAUUACAUACCUUGAAUACACACCUACCCUCGCUGUUAUCUAUGCAUCUGUUUCAAAUUUGACGUUCCUUACUGUACAGGUAACCCGCGCUUGUUUCCUGCCCCCAUCAUCGAUAAUGGCCCCACGCAAAACACCGCUUCGUCCGGCGACGAGGCGCCGCGGCGCUCGGGCGGUCGUCGACGGUGAAGGCGAGCACGGAGAGCCAGAGCGCUGCGGACGAGAAGGCUGCCAAGUCCGCGAGCCGCAAGCGGAAGGCGGGCGGAGAUGGGACGAUAAGCCUGCAAAGAAUACGAAAAAGGCCAAGGCAGUUGAGGAGAAAUCGGAGAUGGAGAAGGAGCCAAUGCAGGAGGGGGAUGAGAAGGAGAAACUCGAGGCUGAGCUGAAGAGAAGGGCGCAGAGGACGAGCCGGCUGCCGCAGAAGCCGAAAAGCCUGCAGCAGAAGCUGAAGAGCCUGAAGCAGCAGCAGCAGCAGCUGACGAGAAGCCUGCAGCCCAGAAUGACAAGACCGAAAAGGAGCUCGCAGCAAUCGACAUCGGUGACUCGCUGCCGUCAAUCACGCUCAAGAACGAGAAAGACGAGGAUCUCGACGUGGCCACGCUCACAGCCGACCAGGGCCUCGUGCUAUUCCUCGUCCCAAAAGCUGAUACUCCGGGGUGCACGACACAGGCGUGCGGGUUUCGGGACGCAUACCCCGACUUCACGGGUCUGAACUAUGGCGUGUACUGCCUGAGCGCGGACAAGCCCGCCGCCCAGAGCAAAUGGCAGACGAAGAAAGAGCUCCCGUAUCCGCUGCUCUCCGACCCGAAGCGCGUGCUCAUAACGGCGCUUGGCGCCGGCGACGGCGGGAAGACCAAGCGGAGCCACUUCGUGUUCGGCAAGGGCGGGAAGCUGUUGGAGAAGAAGAUGCCGGUGAAGCCCGCGGACAGCCCCAAGCUCGCGCUCGAGUUCAUCAAGUCCCAGAGCUCAUGAUGAUGCGAUGAUAUGCCUCUUGUUGUUUCGCUGCGUGUGUAAGUUAUGGAUGGCGAUUCUUGUGCUGCUGUUUCUUUUGUCCUUGUGCGUGGUUUCUUGUUGUGCUGUGUCUCCUCGAAUGUACCAUACUUUCCCUCAAUCAUCGACUUUUUCUUGCUGCUGGUGAA